CUUUAGAGGGAUGUACCACACAUUUUCAAGUCCUCAUUUAAAAGGCGAGGAGCUCCUAAAACCACUACAAUAUAGAUCUAACUAAACGUAAUCAAAAUGCUAGUCGUUGAACUAUUAAACGGAUCGGAGGUUUUUGUCUCACUUCUUCUUUUUCUGACUUUCAUAACAUAUCAGCUACUUAAAGAUUACGUGCACAAAUGGAGAGAACUGAAACCUGUCCCUGGGAUUAGUCCAACUUACCCCUUCUUAGGAAACACGCUCAACUUUAAGUCUAACAGAAGAGAUUUCUUUUGUCAGGUGGUUGGCUACACAAAAGAAUUCUGGAAUUCUCCUCUGUUUAAAUUAUGGAUUGGACCUGUGCCAUUUCUCAUCUUAUACCAUGCUGAGACUAUUGAGACAGUGCUGAGUAACCCUGUUCACAUGGACAAGGCCUACGCAUACAAAUUUCUGCACCCCUGGCUGGGAACAGGACUACUCACAAGUACUGGGGAUAAGUGGAGACACAGACGUAAGAUGUUGACCCCGACAUUUCAUUUCUCUAUACUAACUGAGUUCCUGGAGGUGAUGAAUGAACAGGCGGAGGUGCUCAUAGAGAAACUUGAGAAACAAGCUGGAAAAGGACCUUUGAACUGCUUUAACCACAUCACUCUCUGUGCCCUUGACAUCAUCUGUGAGACUGCCAUGGGAAAGAAGAUCUAUGCACAGAGCAACCAUGACUCUGAGUAUGUGCGCAGUGUGUACAGGAUGAGUGACAUCAUCACCAGGCGCCAGAGGAUGCCAUGGUACUGGCCUGAUUUUGUGUAUAAUUAUUUUGGUGAAGGCAGAGAACACAACCGUAGUCUAAAGAUCCUUCACUCCUUCACAGAGAGUGUGAUUAAUGAGAGGGCAGAGUACAUCACCUACGUUGAGUCUGACAGCGAAUCAGAUCAGGGAAUGAGGAAAAGGCGGGCUUUCUUGGACAUGCUGUUGAAAACAGCAGAUGAGGAUGGGAAAAAGUUAACUCACAAAGAUAUCCAGGAGGAAGUAGACACCUUUAUGUUUGAGGGUCAUGAUACGACAGCGGCUGCUAUGAACUGGGCCAUACACUUGUUAGGAUCCCAUCCUGAAGUCCAAAAAAAGGCACAACAAGAACUAUUUGAGGUUUUUGGCGAGUCAGAGAGGCCUAUUAACACAGAGGAUCUGAAGAAACUGCGUUAUCUGGAGUGUGUGAUAAAGGAGUCUCUGCGGCUCUUCCCUUCUGUUCCGUUUUUCGCCCGAACCAUCUGUGAGGAUACACAGAUCAGUGGCUAUAAAAUCCCUAAAGGAGCAAAUGUCAUCGUCAUAACUUAUGCCCUUCACCGUGACCCACGCUUCUUCCCCGACCCUGAAGAGUUUCGUCCUGAACGUUUCCUGCCAGAGAAUUGUGUCGGUCGCCAUCCUUAUGCCUUCAUCCCAUUCUCUGCCGGCCUUCGCAACUGCAUCGGUCAGCGUUUUGCUAUAAUGGAGGAGAAGGUUGUUCUGGCUUUUAUUCUGCGCUACUUUAACAUAGUAGCAUGUCAGAAAAGGGAGGAACUCCGGCCUCUGGGCGAACUGGUACUGCGACCAGAGCAAGGCAUCUGGAUCACGUUGGAGCGCAGAAAGCACUAAUAUACAGUACACAUAGCCAACACAGUGUCAAGAGAAUUUGUACAAGAUGGCAGUAUUGUGUAGUGUAUGACUCAAACCUAAACGUAACCAUUAAGCCUGAUUCCUCAACUCAACCAUGUUUGAUCUACACUUUUGUAUGAAAUCCACCUUAUUUUGGAAUGUGGAAGCAAGCUGUUUUCUUUGAAUAUGCUUUAACUUCUGAUUCAUUAGAUGCUACAGGCUAUAGGUAAAUAACUGGAAGAAUAACAAAAUGUAGUAAAUGGUACAAAAAAAGUGUUUAUUAUUGUGAUAAUAAUGAUAUUAUUAAUAACAUGAUAACAUAUACCAAUUUGUUGGUCACAUUGAUUUUCAAAAGUGCAGCUAUUCUAUAACUGAAAAUACUACAAAAUGACUAAGGGCUUUAGAAAAUAUACUAUAAAAAUUAAUUUAAGAAAUUAUUCAAAAAUGACCAUGAGUAAACCUUUUUAAUAAUCUACACUUAAAUUAACUCUGGUUUGUGUGGCAUUAAAUGUUUACAGAUAAUUUUUUGAGUAUCAGUCAGAUUUGUUUUUUUUUCUUUCUACAUUGUGAUUUUACACAAGUAAAUCUAAAGAGAUAGUAAUAUUGUAGAAACAUGAUUUUUUACUAAUUGUUUAAAAUGCAGUUAAAUACUAUUAAAGCAUC